CCGGAAUUGAUCUCUCCCAUAAUUGUUUCGUCAGACAAGUAUCAUGCCUCCAGCUAUCUUCCCAUUUUUGGAGCUCCCUACCGAGAUUCGAAUCCAAAUUUACCAAUACUCCUUCGCAAUUCGCGAACCAGCCUUCCAGUACCACUAUCACGCGCGACACGGCUGUCACCAUAAUAAUCUCAGUAGAAGAUCUUUCUAUGCUCUUGGAUCUGGAUCGGACGAAACGGACGUCAAGAUUCGAGACUUGACUUACACCAGCUGCCCCAGGAGAACUCGCCUACCUGCGUCGGGCUUUCUUGCCUUGCGCCUAGUCAGCCGCCAAAUAUACGAGGAAACAUACAGCUUCAUUAGACUACCGCUGAUCAGUCUCAAGACGCAUCAUUUUGAGGUCAAUGAGUUAUCGAUAGACUCGUUCCUCUCCCAGUUGGAAAAGGCAUGGCUUCGUGAUCACGUGAAGGAAUUGGUCAUCGACUUCUAUCCUGUCUGCAAACACUCUUCGAAUCCAGAACUCUUGAAGCCAAAACGGACUUGUUUCAACGUUUUCGCAAACUUUUUCGAUCUCCUUAUCCAAACACUGUGGAGAGGAAGUAAUGGAACGAAACAGCAGUUGUGUUCAGCAGAUCAUGGAGCAACUAUACAACCAUUGGCAGAACUGCUCGCUUCAUUUCCAUUGCUAGAAGCUUUCAAAGUGAACGUCUUUGAUGUGUGUCCUCUGGAUUAUAGUUUGGCGGUGGCUGGAGAUCAAGAGGUCUUGGCGGUCUUACGCAGCCGAGGGGUAAAAGUCGAUUUCGAAUCAAGCAGUGCCUAGGUGCGGAAUGUACAUAGUGGUUAGAGAAAAUGAAGGCGCUCUAAAACAUUUGGCAG